AUGGCUACUCAACCACAGCUGUCGUUUCUGUAUCAUACGCGCACUAUUCUUCAUAGACCGGUCACUAGACUCCGCGCCUAUACGCUUCAGAAAUGUUUGAGCUCAGAGUCAUCGGCUCUCAAGAUUGAGGCCGAUAUUCAACAGUCUCGGCUGCGAAGACAGACACCGUGGUCUGGACCCAAGACCCGGUCCUCUGAGUCUAAAAAGGGUUCAUUCAUCGUCAACGACGACAACAGUGCUCACGUCCCGUCUAACAUCACCCAAUCGGAGGCCAAGUCUUUUGAGCGCAUCUUUCGCUCUUCCAAACCUCCACAGAGUGUUCAAAUCCAGUCCGCUUUUGUCGACAUUAGUGACACCAAUGUUGAAAACAUCCUGAAGUUAUUCGGCACUUCCACCAAAUCUCAAAAGCACACGGUCUCACCCAGCUUUUUUCUUGUGCAACCAGAACCAUUUUCUCAUGAUAAUGACCAAUCGUUAUCUACCACAAAUUCCACGUCUCGCGAAACACAUGACCCCGCCAUCAUGGCAAUUGUACAUCGGAGGAUGCACGAAAUUGUCGAUGCUCUGCGACAAGCCGCAGGGUCCACUCAGCAGCCUGGCGACAUAGCAUUGUGGCAUGCUUGCGAAGCCAAAAUAUUCCCUCUUGGUGCAGAAUUUCCCCAACAGCCAGUUUAUCAGCCACCCAAGUUUUUAGGCCCUUCAAAAUUCGUUUUCACCGCAGAGAAGUCUGAUAAGCCUAUGGAAAUUCUUGAAAAGGAACAAAAACGCCACAGAGCAGAAUUUGACGCCAAAGAAAACCGCCAGGCCUCCAGUAAGAUCAAUGCAACGCCGCCUUUGGCAAUUCACAGUCCUGAGGAAGAGCUGAGCCUUCGGCUAGAGUCUCGCCAAGCUCGCGCCGUGUUGUACCAUCUAUAUCCCGCUGUCCUGCUCUUUGCCCUUCGGCUCUUUGCAAAGACCUUCCCUUCGUCUCAUUUCGCAUUCAACUUACUCCCUCGUAUUCGUGAGCUUGGCCACACAAGCUAUGUGCUCGGUGCCUCUACACAAUUCUAUAAUACUCUCAUUGCCUUGAGGUGGCAGAGAAACUCAUCGCUUCGUGAAGUUCACCAAUUUCUUUCAGAAAUGCAAAACAGUGGUGUCGAGUUCAACGAGGAGACCGCUCGCCUCAUCCGCCACAUUGUUGACGAGCGUGCAGCUGGUAUGAGGGAAACAGGAGUGAAAGAGAAUAGCGUGUCAACUGGGAGAAAUACCAACUGGUGGGGAAGACAUGAACAGGUCCUUUGGUUUGCGAGAAUUCAAGAGUGGAUGCAGAUCAUCGAUGAUCAACUUUCACUACACGAACCUUCAGGCUCUCCUACUGGAAUGGACUCUCAUACUUGGUGA